AUGUACAAGUUAGACCUCACACCAGAUCCCAAGGAGAUAGCAGCCAUCGAGGCUAGAAGAAACCGAGAAAAGGAACGACAAUGCCGAUUCUUCAAUGUUCGGAACCGAGUCAUGGGGGUGGAUGUGGAAGCCCUGAACUACCAGGUAGAAGAACGGAAGCUUCGGGAAGCAAUAGAGCGAAGCAAAGAUAUGGCUUAUGGUACCAAGCAUGUACACUAUGAUCUGGUAGCACAGAUGCUAGAGAAGGAAGAGGCAGAACGGGCGUGUCGCUUGUCCAAGAAAGUACAGGAUUUUCGGGAGCAAAAGCAGCAAUUCAAGAAUGGACACGAAUUUGACUUCUGGGAUCCAGCCCACAUCCAGGAGUUUACAGUCCCUUAUGUAGACAGAAACACAUGCUUUGGCCCAUCCAGCAUGCAGUACUUCCUUGGAGAGGACGUGGAGAGGGCCUCAUGCCUGCGAAUGCAGCAGGAACAGUUCAGAUACAACCUGGCAAAACAGAUACAGGAGCAACAGGAAGCCAGAGAAGAGGAGGCACGUACUGCUUUGCUUAGUGACCAGCUACGCCUAGCCGUGGACACACGAGCUGCUGAACUGGCCAGGCUGGAGGAGUCCUGUCGAGCAGCCAUGAGGACUGCCAUGGCUAAUGCCAACAAAGCCCAGGCAGCUAAGCAGGCCCUGAAGCAACGCCGUGAACAGCAGCAACAACAGGAGGCCAACCUCAUGGAUAUCAAGAAGCAAGUCACCAGUGAUCUACUGACUGAGAAUCCUCAGGCUGCCCAGCGCCCCCAUGCUCCUCACCGGGUCCUGCCCUAUUGCUGGAAGGGCAUGACUCCAGAACAGCGAGCUGCCAUCAGGAAAACUCAAGAAACACAACGACAAGAGAAAAAGGAACAGUGCCAAGCAGAAAAGUCCCUGGAAGCUGAGUGGGGAUGCCAAACCAGACGGAUUGCUGAAGCAGCAUUGGAGCUGGAGGAACAGGAGAGAGAAUUGUGUGCUGAAUUUCGAAGGGGGCUAGGCUCCUUCAACCAGGAGUUAGCUAGGGAGCAACAAGCCCAGCAAAAUUAUCUGAAUUCAGUCAUCUACACCAACCAACCUUCUUCCCAGUAUUACCUACAGUUCAACACCAGCAGCCGCUGAACUCAGGGUGGUCACCUCCCUUCUCAUCUGUCAAUCUCACAGGUGGCCAGGAGUCGAAAAGAAAAUGCUGCAUACCCCUAUCUCUACUCUCACCUCGGUAGGAAGGAACUAAUCCCAAACCUCCGCUUUCUACCCUAGGUAAUAAAGUUAUUCACUACAAUGAA